GAGAAGAAAGAACAUAAGGAAAAAAGAAAAAAGACUUGGAGAGAAUCAGACUUACUUACAACUGCCUGCAAUGGCUGCUCGAUUCGCCUUCUUCGGUAUAGCCUCGAUAUUGCUGCUUCUCCACUGCUUUGCCAUUUCUACAGACCUAGAGCUUGAGGAGCAUGGAACAGGUCCGGUGUUUAGCUAUUCCGGCAAAACCGGCCCUGACAAUUGGGGAAGCUUGAGCCCUUGUUACACGACAUGCUCGAAUGGAAAAGUGCAGUCUCCGAUUGACAUUGUAAAGAACAAAGUUGUUCGUAAUAAAAACUUGAAGCCCUUGAGAAGAGAAUAUUACCCUGUAAACGCUACGUUGGUUAACCAUGGCUACAACGUUGAGCUGAAAUUUGGAAAUGCUGGAGUCUUGAUUUUAAAUGGCAAGAACUACAUCUUGCGUCAAAUGCACUGGCAUUCUCCUUCUGAGCACAAAAUCAAUGGUGUCACAUUUGAUGCAGAGCUACAUCUAGUCCACAAUGCUAGCGAUGGAAGCUUCACAGUUAUAGCCAUCCUUUAUAAAAUUGGUGAUGCCGAUCCUAUUAUUGCCAAGAUCCAAGGUAAAUUAGCUGAGCUAGGUAAGGAGGUGUUUACAGAUGAAGAUCAAAUCGCCGUUGGGUCCUAUGACACUUGGAAAUUGAGGCGAAAUACACGCAAGUAUUAUAGAUAUGUUGGUUCUCUCACUACUCCUCCGUGCACCGAGAAUGUUACCUGGCACAUCUUUGGCAAGGAGAGAUCAAUAUCUAAAGAACAAAUAAAGGCUUUGAAGGCUCCAGUGAAAGCAACAUGCAAGGAAAAUAGUAGGCCUGUGCAACCCCUGAAUGGGAGACAAGUUGAGCUAUUUGAUGAGUUUUGUUGAGAAGAUGACUCAACUACUGAUGUGUCAUGUUGAGGAGGCUGCGAAGAUAUUCAAAGAUUGCUGAAAUAAAGUUAUUGGAGUAUUUUUAAAUAAGUCAAAAUGUUUGAAAGCUUCAAAGUAGUUGUUACUAGAAAAUAGGAAACUAGAAGAUAAGCUCAUGUAUUCAUGGGCUUGUGAUGCUAUUUCUUUGCAAUUUGUUAUGCAUUUAUGUUAUAUUUCUCAUAUAUAUAAAGCACUUUCUAGUCAAUAAAAUAUAAGGUCAUUUGGGAGCUCAUUUAUGUUCU